AUGUUUGCAGAAACUCAGCCCCUCCCUACAGACACCAAGCUGUCCUCAAAUUUGCCGCCAACACUGGAUCUCAAGCUAUUCACUUCCGGAAACUUCACCAACUACAUCACCCACUCUGCCAAAGAACCUCGAUUGAUCGUUUGUUAUGAUCCCAACGAACGAGAAGGUAUGAUCCCAACGAACGAGAAGGUCAAACACUUGGUUGGUUUGAUCUGGUGGCUCUUGUGUCGAGAGGUCCUCCACCUCCAAGAGUGUUUCCAGUUCGGUUCUUUUGGGAAAGAAGAGGACCCAGAUGCAUGUGAGGUAUGA